CUGUAUCGGAACAUGGCGCUAGUAGAGAAUGAAGACGGGUGUAGGCAAGGAAAUCAGGAAGACCCUCAACCACGGGGACCCGGCAGGGGUGUACCCCGAUGGGGUCCACAGCACGCAGGUGCUCGAGAGCUUGCGUCUUUAUAUUCACCAGGAAAAAGGUGCCAGGAAUGGAUCAGUGUCGUCCUCUGCUUUUCUCUCAUGGCCUUCAACUUCUGCCACCUCCUUGCCAACUUCCACCUGAGUCACAUGUGGUACAUCCUGAUGGGCAUAGUUGCAGGAAUCCUGACUGCAGACUUUGCCUCUGGGCUUGUCCACUGGGGAGCUGACACCUGGGGGUCUGUAGAUCUGCCCAUUUUUGGAAGGGCAUUCAUUCGACCAUUCAGGGAGCACCACAUCGACCCCACCGCCAUCACCCGCCAUGACUUCAUUGAGACCAACGGGGACAACUGCAUGCUGACCCUGGUCCCAUUGGCGCACAUGGCCUUCAGCUUCCUCACCCUGUCCCCCGCGGAGCUGUACCACAAGUACCCCUGGGACUGCUACGUGUUCGCCUUGGCCAUCUUCGUCACGCUCACCAACCAGAUCCACAAGUGGUCGCACACGUACUUCGGGCUGCCUCGCUGGGUGACCUUCCUGCAGGACUGUCACAUCAUCCUGCCCCGCAAGCACCACCGCAUCCACCACGUGUCCCCACACGAGACCUACUUCUGCAUCACUACAGGCUGGCUCAACUACCCUUUGGAGAAGUUUGGCUUCUGGCGCAGCCUGGAAGACCUGAUCCAGAGUGUCACGGGAGAGAAGCCCAGGUCUGAUGACAUGAAAUGGGCUCAUAAGAAGUAACUCUGCCUGCUGACAGCGCCCCCUACCUCGGAAGACUCCCCUCCCGCCUCUCCCCUAGCCCAGCUGGCCUGCAAUGUCUUUGCUCCCAACUUUAGAGAUAUAGAUUAAUCUUAACCAAUGUAUUGUUGAUGGCAUAGCUUUAGAUUAAAUGCCUUUAGUUUGCUCAGUUAAUCCUGGUCAUGGUAGCCAACAUUAGAGGAGUGGUUUUUAAAACCUCGCAAAGGCUUGGAGGGGGCUGUGCUUUGCUUGGAUGAAAGACGCACAGAAGCUCAAGACGGGAUCCCUCGGCCCCCAUCCAGCGCUAACCCCUGGUGGCAUCCUCCCCACCCGACCCACCCUCUCAACUGGUGUCAGAGUUCAGACAGAAAGCCAUUGUCCACAUGUGGUGAAAAAGCCUGGGUGAACUUUGCCCUGCUUCACGAAGACGCAAAAAUCAGACGUUUGACGUUUUUAUCUUUGCUUUCUAGAGCGAGGAGUUCUCCUAAACUGAUACUUGAAGAACAAAACGGCUUCCCGUCCAGUCUCUGCUUGUUUUCUUCAGAGAAAAUUUUGAAACGGCUGAAAGACAGUGGCUGAGAUGGAGCCAGUCUUUCUUUUUUUUUUUUUGUGUGUGUCCCACAGACCCUGGCCCUGGCAUUCAUCUCUGUCCUUCACUCUCACAGAUGGGGCCUAACAGGGUUAUGUCCUCCUCACCGGGCCAUUAUCCUGGAGAUGUUGAGUUGCAACCCAAGUGUGUAUUCAUCUCAUCCCCUUGUCCGGACGCACGGCGUCCAUCAUAUGCAGUUCUGUUGAAGCAGCCUUACGCACAGCCGUUGCAGUAGACUGUCCGCCUCGUCUUACUUUACAGAGCGCCUUUUCUUUGCACGCCCGCGCAGCUGUCUCUUGACUCGAUCUCGGGUUCUGUUUUGCGUCAGAGCAUAUUCGCCUUACACCUGCAGCCUCCACACCCCCCCCGUUCACCUGAGCACCUCUCGCCUCACUUCAAGUCCCGACUCGUAGAUUCGCAGCACUCGGACCCGUGACCCCGCUGCCAGUCCGGUUCAUUUCCAGAACAGCUGAGAGAGAGAGGCUGCGUUCCGGGGCUUGCAGCAUGCAGGCACUUUGUCUGCUCCCUGAUGCAUCAGUUCGGUACAGUGGAAACCAGUUUGCUAUUUGUGCAUUAGAGACUGCGGUCAGCUUCGGAUUGAUGUAGCUAGAUGAGAGGCAAAUGAGUAGCUGGAAGGUUAUUUAGCUAGGACUAUGCAUUUUGCUUUGAAGUGAAUGUCUUAAAGGGAAACCUCAAAGAGCUUUGCAUGGCUGAUUGUCUGAUGUUGCGGAUGCUUUUUUUUUUUUUUUCCUUUUCAUUUCUGAUUGCGGCUGAAAUGCCUUUUUACCCCCACACACAGAACACGCCGCAAUAUCAUAUGUAUAGUAAAUAAGCAAAUAGUACGCAAGUAGAAUGCUGACAUGGUUGUGGUGCCCUUAUCCCAACUUCAUGCUGAAACAUCCCCUUGCAAAACAUGAUCUUUAUUAGAGAAGCAACACGCUAGGAAAAGACAUUGUAGAAAAAAGUAAGGCAUUUCAUUACAAAGACCAGCACACCUUCUCCCUGGCCUAGAAUUUUCAUUCUUAAUGGUUCUGUUUCCACAGCAUGGUGAUGCUGUAGCCAUUUUGGAUGGACGCCAGUUAUGUUACUUACCAAAUGUCAUCAUACCUUCCAGUCAUUUUUUUGUGAUACUGCUUUUUUUGGGAAAAAAUGCAUGUUAAAGGCAACUUUAAAGUUCUGAAGCCAAAAUUCCUCAGGUUUGAAAUUAGAUUAAUUAUGUACUGUUAAGCAGAAUGCAUUAUGCAGGCAUUCUGGUGAACAGAGGAUAUUUGGACAGACAUCCAAGUAGUGUUUUACUGUUCCACUGUCACUAGCAGUGUUGGAACUUGCCCUUGAAUGUUGAAAAUGUAAAUUGGCAAGGUUAUAAUUGUACUAAAACAUUCUGUGUGGUCAUACAGACCUUACACCCCCUGCUUUGUCAGGUUUUAAAUUGAAAUUUUCCAUUAGGAUAUUUAAAACGUAUGAAGAUAAUCUUGAAUCAAAAUUGGAUGGUAACGCUAUUUGAGCCUUAUUAUCAGCAUGGCAGCAUGGCUGCAGUAGCCACGUUACAGUAGCAGUACAAUGGUAGUAAACAAAACAGUAAUCCUUCAAGUGUUUUUGGGUAGCAGAAAACCCUUGGAAAUAUUUGAAAAGGAGAAGUUGGAUGAACACAAAAAUGUGAUGUUUUAUGAUGUAUAUCUACAGCUAACAUGUACAAUCGGCCAUACCAAGUGGUGUCCUUUAAGCCUAGAGCUCUUUCCAUCUCCAUACUAUCAGCCAGCAGGCAUCAUAGACUGGAUGGGUAGCCUUGGGCUCUUUUUAUUAAUUAUAUGCUUAAAAUUUGCAUAAAACAUACAUUUUUGAUUUUUUUACAUCCAAGACUUCCCUAAUAAAUAAUGAAAUGUUUCUUCAUUCCUGAUUAUAAGCCAGUUAUAUGGUCAGUCAGAGAAUUGCUUGAUGACAUUGGCUUUAGUUAUACAAGUGACUAUUUUUUUGAAUAGGUAAGUAGCUAUGUAGAUAGGCUAGCCAACAGGGGGAUAUCCUCUCCUUUGUAAGAUCACACUCAAACUAAUUACUUGAACAGUGGGUCGGAAUUCGGAGUGGCAUAGGUUGGGGCACUUUUUUGUAUAGCUGGAGCUAUAGGGAUGUUGCACAAUUGAGCUUUUUGCAUUUGCGAAACCAUGUCAGCCUACAUUCAGCUGUCUUAAAUUGAUGUGCCAAUUCAUUUUCCACAAGGAAUUCAUAUAAACCCACUGGAUAUACUAUCCAAGAUGACUUAUGAUGGUAGUCUUGCGUCUCUGUGGGCUGGAAUUGGGUAUACCUUUCACUUACAAAAAGAAAAAAGUUAGUUUGAUGUAAAUUUUUUUGGUUAUUCUAUAGAGCCACAGCAGCCAUUUCACAGCCCUUUGAAAAGUGGCCUGGACUGCCUUUGUAUUACAUAUAACUCUUUAAAUUUAAAGAUCUACAAAUGUCAGAAAGAAAUCUUGCACAUUCUACCAGGUACAUCUAAAUAUGGCAGUAGAUCAGUUGCUUAACAUGUCUGUAUUGGGUUUUUUCCAAGAAAAACAAACAACAAUAUACUUCGUUCACCUUUUAUAUCACUUUUGUGCAGGUUUUUUGAACUUAUAACUAGCGUAACUGUUCAGUGGAAAGUGCUGGUUGUCAAUCAGAGUUUAACUCCUUAUCGUGUAUUUUAAGAGAAGCAGUAAUAUGAAAAAAGAUGCAGAAUGACAGCAAUUAUAAUACGUCUUAAGCACAUUCCAACUGGAAAAAGCAGAACAAUGCAAUAAGGAUUAACUGUUGGAUAUGUAAGAGCACAGUUAAUCACUGGACUUUUUUUUUUUUUUUUUUACAGUCAGGGUUUUUGCAAAGGCUUUAUGUAGUAUGGGAGCAUUGUCACCCAGUUGAGCUCUUACACCAAAAUACCUGAAUAUUGUGGGAAAAUAAAGCUAUAAUCUUAAAACAAAAAAUUAUGGAGCUAGAUGAAAAGGAAGGAUCCUGAUUACUGUUGAACAUCUGGUGUGUUCAUUGAUGGGGACAAGAUUCUAAAUUCCAUUCAGCAUUUUGAAUUCUAACUCAGUGACGGACACUGAAGUCAACUAAACUCUUACAAGUGUUGUCGGAGUAAAUUUGUCUGAUUCACUUGAUUGGCCUUUAAAACACAUAUUUGUAGUACGCCGUUUUACUGUUUAAAUUGAUUUGUCCUCCUUUUUGAACCUGAAAGGAAAGCAUAUUUUUUGUAGUACAUUAAAGGAGGAUAAUUUAAAUAUUCAUUAGAAACUUGUAACUUACAGGCUGUCAUAACCUUUGUGCUGCCAUACAGAGUGUUUUUAUGACAAGUUGUAAGGACAACAUGAAACGUGUAUAAUAGCUUUUGUCUAAAUAUCAAUGUUUAAUAGGUCAAAAUGUUAAGAAUAUCCAGGAAGUACGUGGUGAGGUAUUAUGGGAAAAAUGUUACAUGUUAGAUAGGAAAAUGUUGUUUGAUGUGGCUUGGAAUAUUGUUGGGGAAUGCUUUACAUGAAAUGAGAGGUCAGUGUUCUGUUCUUACUGACUUUUAAAUUACUUUUUCCAAAAACAAAGAGUCAAUUUGGGGUAUAUUUGA